UCCGUCUUCUGUCACUCACUUCUGUCAGUGUCAGCGCUUUGCGUUCUUCUCGCGAGUCGUAACUUUUCACCAGCCGAAAGUGAUCUCCACUGCUGUGGUUUAGCGAAGAGUUUUACCAAUUUUUCAUCAAAUUUGAACAAGAUGCUGACGAGCCAGAUCCAGCAGGCCGCCCGUAUGUUGGGAGCCCAGGCUCGCCGCAACUACGGCGUCAGCGCCGUCGUCCUGUCCAAGGCAACCGAUCCGAUUCAGCAGCUCUUCGUCAACAAACUCCGCGACUACAAGAGCAAGAGCAGCGGCGGCAAGCUGGUCGACCCCACGCCCGAGAUCGAACGCGAACUGAAGCAGGAGCUGGAGAAGCUGGCCAAGCAGUACGGUGGCGCCAGCGGCGUCGACAUGACCGCCUUCCCCACCUUCAAGUUCGAAGAACCGAAGAUGGGCCCGAUUAAUUCCAGCAGCGCCUAAG